GCUACAUAUAGCAGCACCCUUGACUGCUGGUCCUCAUUCUAGUCAAACCCUCCAACCCAGACAGUUUCGACCCAGCAUACACCCCAGAGUUUUCCAACCAUGAGCAAGACCUACAGUGCCUCCGCUGAAACGGCUUCAUCCUACCGGCGGACCUUUGGCUCAGGCCUGGGCUCCACCAUGUCUGGCUCACUGUUCUCCGGCCUGGGCUCCUCUGGGGCCUCCGGCUCCUCACGCAUGUCCUCCAGAGUCUACGAGAUGACCAAGACCUCCUCCACUCCCCUCUAUUCCAGCCUCCGCUCGUCCUUCAAGGCCGGACCUGUGAUGCGGUCCUAUGCUGGCGAGAAGCUGGACUUCAACCUGGCCGAUGCUAUGAACCAGGACUUCCUGAACACACGCACCAACGAGAAGGCUGAGCUGCAGCACCUGAAUGACCGCUUUGCCAGCUACAUUGAGAAGGUGCGCUUCUUGGAGCAACAGAAUCAGGCCCUGGUCGUGGAAGUGGAGCGCCUUCGUGGCCGCGAGCCCACCCGUAUUGCUGAGAUGUAUGAGGAGGAGAUGAGGGAGCUGCGCAGACAGGUGGAUGCGCUGACCAAUCAGAGAGCUCGUGUGGAGGUCGAGCGGGACAACCUGGCUGACGACCUACAGAAGCUCAAACUCAGACUCCAGGAGGAGAUUCACCAGAAAGAGGAGGCCGAGAACAACCUCUCUGCAUUUAGAGCUGAUGUUGACGCUGCUACCAUCGCCAGGCUGGACCUGGAGAGACGCAUUGAGAGCCUGCAUGAAGAGAUUGCCUUCCUCAAGAAGAUCCAUGAGGAGGAGAUCCGUGAGCUCCAAAACCAGAUGCAGGAGUCCCAGGUCCAGAUCCAGAUGGAUAUGUCCAAACCCGACCUGACUGCUGCUCUGAGAGACAUCCGCACGCAGUAUGAGGCCAUCGCUGCCAAGAACAUUGCAGAGGCUGAGGAGUGGUACAAGUCCAAGGUGUCAGAUCUGAACCAGGCUGUGAACAAGAACAACGACGCUCUAAGACAGGCCAAGCAGGAGAGCAUGGAGUUCCGUCACCAGAUCCAGUCCUACACCUGCGAGAUCGACUCUCUCAAGGGCACUAACGAGUCUCUGAUGAGGCAGAUGAGGGAGAUGGAAGAAAGGAUGGGCCGCGAGGCCGGAGGCUACCAGGACUCCAUCACCCGUCUGGAGGCCGAGAUUGCUAAAAUGAAGGAUGAGAUGGCCCGUCACCUGCGGGAGUACCAGGACCUCCUCAAUGUCAAGAUGGCCCUGGACGUGGAGAUUGCUACCUACAGGAAGCUGCUGGAGGGAGAGGAAAGCAGGAUCACUCUGCCUGCACAGUCAUAUUCCUCCUUGAGCUUCAGAGGUGAUGUCAGAGAGACCAACCCUGAGCAGCAUAUGCAGCCGCGUUCCUCUGAGGUCCACUCCAAGAAAACAGUUCUGAUCAAGACCAUAGAGACUCGUGAUGGAGAGGUUGUCAGCGAAUCCACACAGCACCAGCAGGACGUCAUGUAAAACUGACAAGAAGAGAGAAGCAAUAUACCCCAACAGAAUUCAAUCCCCUUUUGAAACAAGAACAUUUCCAAGCCACGGAGGCCUUCAGGUUUAGAUUUUUUAAUGAAUAUUCUCAGUGAUGACACCCUGACCCAUGAACCCAAGCAGCUAUGGACGAAUAAGAAGACAAAGCUGAAAGUGUGCAGAAGAAUAAAGAGAUAUGAGUGAAUAUGAAUCCAUGUCAAGCAUUGCUGGAAGGAAUGUUAGUAUACAGUUGAAUUUUGUGUUCAAGUGUGUGUGUAUGUGUGUGUAUGCUUUGGAGUGAGUGGGUCAUAUCUGCCAAGUCAUCGCCCACCAUAAUGAAUAAACACAAAAAGAUAUAC